AUGUCACAGAUAGAUGUCCUGGAAGACGCCACGCUCUCCAGCAUGGAGUCUAGAAGUGAAAGCUUGUCGGGAUCAGAUAUCACAAUCACUCAGCGGAUGUUGAGCGCUUGCACGGGGUCGCUGCUCACUUCGCUUGUAGUUACCCCCUUCGACGUGGUACGGAUUAGACUUCAGCAGCAACAGUUACUGUUCCCUGCUCAGCUUCGCCAGUCUGCUAUCUGCUGUCAGAAGGUGUUUUGGGAAGAUCCUACGAAACCAAAAGUGGAUCAUUUCUGCUCCCAUCAUUCAUGUGCUCAAGAAUUGAAAAUUAACGGAACCAUCUCGGGGUUAGCCAAAAUCGCCUCCAAAGAAGGUGUCUUCACGCUUUAUCGAGGAUUGUCUUUGAUGCUGGUGAUGGCAGUGCCUUCCAAUAUGGUGUAUUUCAGCGGGUACGAGUACCUAAGAGACAGAUCGCCCUUCAAAGACGACCAUCCUGUUCUAAACCCGUUAUUGUGUGGUUCGGUGGCACGUAUUCUGGCAGCAACUGCUGUCGCACCGUUGGAACUCAUAAAGACAAGACUUCAAGCCGUGCCUACUUCCCAGCACACCUCGUCGCAGAUCAUGAAGAUGGUGGUGGCAAACUCGCUGAAUGAGGUCAAAUCAAACGGACUUGUUUCACUAUUUAAAGGUCUCCAGCUUACACUGUGGAGAGAUGUGCCCUUUAGUGGGAUCUACUGGGCCUCGUACGAGUUUCUGAGUGAUCAUCUUCAAUCGGUUUCUUUCUAUGAAUCUCCAGAGUACCAAAACGCAGAGAUUUUUACCAAAUCGUUCAUCGGAGGAUCUCUUUCGGGAGUUUUGGCCGCAAUCUUUACUAAUCCCUUUGAUGUUGGCAAAACAAGACUCCAAGUCUCGAUCGAAGAGUCUGCUCCAGCAGGAACUUUGAGCAAACUUGCUAAAAAGCCAAAAGACUCCAUGUUUAAAUCGCUGCACACAAUUUAUAAAAACGAAGGUUUCAAUUCACUGUUCGUUGGACUUGUUCCACGGUGUUUGAAAAUCGCCCCCUCUUGUGCCAUAAUGAUCUCCACUUAUGAGAUCACCAAAAAACUGUUUGCUGAGAUGUCCUAG